AAUGGGAGCGCGGCCGGGCAAAAAGGCGGUAGAAAGAAACCGGAAGUGGGCGUGGCCCUGCUGUCAUGGCGGCGCCCGUGGAGGAGGCGGCGGCGGCGGACGGCGAGGAGGGGGAGGGCGGCGAUGAGGAGGCGCUGAAACGGCUCGAGGCGCUGGUGACAGAUCUCUAUCACUUCCGGGACACUCUGCCCGCCCGCGACCCCGCCCACGACCACACCCAUGACCACGCCCACGACCCCGCCCAGGACCCCCUGGUGGCCGAGAUGGAGCGGACGCUGAAGCUGAUGGAGCAAAUCCACGUAUCCCCGGAGGGGCGUGGCCGAGCGCUGGUGCUUCGCGCCCGGGCGCUGGGCGUGGCCCCCGAGGUGGGCGGGGCCAGGGCGGAGCUGGCGCUGGGCCACGCCCUGAAGCUGGACCCCGCCCUGGGCGUGGCCUGGCGGCAGCUGGGAGAGCAAAGAUGGCGGCGGGGCGACCUGAGGGGGGCCCGGGAGGCCUUCGGGGGGGCCCUGCAGCAGGGGGAGGACCCCGAGGCGCGGCGCCUCCUCUCCAUGGCCCUGCGCGCGCAGGGGGCGGGGCCAGGCCCGCGGGGGGAGGGGCCGGGCUCCGGGGGGGCGGGGCCCGGCCCGGGGGGCGGGGCCUUGCGCGAGAGCCUGGCCCAGGCGGAGGCGGCGGUCAGGUGUGACCCGAGGGACGGCCAAUCGUGGUACGUGCUGGGUAACGCCCACGUGUCGCUGUUCUUCGCGGGGGGGCAGAGCCCCGGCAGCGCCCGCCGCGCGCUCGCGGCCUACGGACAGGCGGAGCGCGUGGACCCCGCGGCUGCCGCCAACCCCGACCUGCACCUGAACCGGGCCACGCUGCUGCAGUUCCUGGAGCGGUUCCAGGGGGCGCUGGAGGGGCUGAGCCGCGCGGCCGAGCUGGCCCCGGCGUGGGAGGAGCCUCGGAGGCGGCACCAACACCUGAUGGAUUACCUGGGCAACCUGUGCCGGCUGCUGGAGAGCAGGGGGAAGCUGCGCGGGAAGCGGCGCCGGGGCCUGGCGGGGCCGGUGCCCCUCCCCCUGCUGGGCCCGCUGGGGGGGGCGGGGGGGCCGCGCCCCUCCCCCAUCGCAGGCCUGCGGCCCGGGCCCAACCCCCAGCGCGUGGUGCUGGGCAGGGCCCUGUUCAGCCUGACCCCGCCCGGGGGCGUGCCCUACACGAUAGGGCUGCAGGACGGGGGCGGGGCCGUGGCUGCCGUCACCGUCUAUAACUCCGCCCCCACGUGGGGCGUGGCCGUGGGGGACGCGCUGGGCGUGGCCGAGCCGCUGCUGACUCAGCACCUGCACCAGCACCAGGGACAGACCUUCUCCUUCCUGGGGCUCCGCGUCCCCUCCCCCCUCUCGCUCGUGGUCAACGGGAAACGCCCCCCGGGCUCCGCCCUGGCCCCGCCCCGCCUGGCGCUGUCCAAUCCCAGCGCGCCGCCGGACGAGGCCACGCCCCCCGCACCGCGCUGACCACGCCCACCCCUCCCCUGGGGGCUGGGGGGGAUUUGGGGCAAUAAAGGAGAAUUUUGGGA